AUGGGCAAGGUCCUGCUGGCCUGGUGCUGGGCGUUGUGCUGCUGGGGGCGCGUGGCUCCCCAGGGCCCACAGACUGAAGUGCCCCCCUUCGUGGGGAGUCCGGGGAACAUCACUGGUGCCCGAGGACUCAUGGGCACCCUGCGCUGUGAGCUCCAGGUUCAGGGGGAGCCCCCCGAGGUGACCUGGCUUCGGGAUGGACAGGUCCUAGAGCUGGCAGACAGCACACAGACCCAGGUGCCCCUUGGCGAAGACGGGCAGGAUGACUGGAAAGUGGUCAGCCAACUCAGAAUCUCGUCUCUGCAGCUCUCAGACGCGGGAUGGUACCAGUGCGCCGUGGUCCUGGGAGAAAAGACCUUCGUGUCCCAGCCUGGCUACGUGGGGCUGGAGGGCCUGCCUUACUUCCUGGAGGAGCCUGAGGACAGGACUGUAGUUGCCAACACUCCCUUCAACCUGAGCUGCCGGGCACAGGGGCCCCCAGAGCCCGUGGACCUCCUUUGGCUCCAGGAUGCUGUCUCCCUGGCUUCAGCCAUGGACCACAGCCACCAGCACACACUCCGCGUUCCAGGCCUGAACAAGACUACUUCUUUCUCCUGUGAAGCCCACAACGCCAAGGGAAUCACCACAUCCCGCACGGCCACUAUCACAGUGCUCCCCCAGCGGCCCCGCGACCUCCGCUUGGUUUCCACCCAGCCGACGGAACUGGAGGUGGCUUGGACCCCAGGCCUGAGCGGCAUCUACCCCCUCACCCACUGCAUUCUGCAGGCUGUGCUGUCAGACGACGGGGUGGGCGCCUGGCUGGGAGAGCCAGACCCCCCAGAGGAGCCCCUCACUUUACAAGCAUCUGUUCCCCCUCAUCAACUGCGGCUGGGCAGCCUCCAUCCUCACACCCCUUACCACCUCCGGGUGGCCUGUGUCAGUAGCCAGGGCCCCUCACCCUGGACCCACUGGCUUCCCGUGGAGACACCGGAAGGAGUGCCCCUGGGCCCUCCUGAGAAUGUUAGCGCCAUGCGGAAUGGGAGCCAAGCCCUUGUGCGCUGGCAGGAGCCAAGGGCACCGCUGCAGGGCACCCUGUUAGGGUACCGACUGGCCUAUCGAGGUCAGGAUACACCCGAGGUGCUGAUGGACGUAGGGCUAAAGCGAGAGGUGACCCUGGAGCUGCGAGGGGAGGGGCCUGUGCCCAACCUGACGGUGUGUGUGGCAGCCUACACCGCCGCUGGGGAUGGACCCUGGAGCCUCCCUGUGCCCCUGGAGCCCUGGCGCCCAGGACAAGGACAGCCAAUCCACCAGCUGGUGAGUGAACCCCCAGUCCCCGCCUUCUCGUGGCCCUGGUGGUAUGUACUGCUGGGAGCAGUGGUGGCAGCCGCCUGUGUCCUCAUCCUGGCCCUGUUCCUCUUCCACCGGCGGAAGAAGGAGACCCGCUACGGAGAGGUGUUUCAGCCAACCGUGGAGAGGGGUGAGCUGGUGGUCAGAUACCGUGUUCGCAAGUCCUACAGUCGGAGGACCACUGAAGCCACCUUGAACAGCCUGGGCAUCAGUGAAGAACUGAAGGAGAAACUGCGGGAUGUGAUGGUGGACCGCCAUAAGGUGGCUCUGGGGAAGACCCUGGGAGAGGGAGAGUUUGGAGCUGUGAUGGAAGGCCAGCUCAACCAGGAUGACUCCGUCCUCAAGGUGGCUGUGAAGACAAUGAAGAUUGCCAUCUGCACAAGGUCAGAGCUGGAGGAUUUCCUGAGUGAAGCCGUCUGCAUGAAGGAAUUCGACCACCCCAACGUCAUGAGGCUCAUUGGUGUCUGUUUCCAGGGUUCUGAACGAGAGGGCUUCCCAGCGCCCGUGGUCAUCUUACCUUUCAUGAAACACGGAGACCUACACAGUUUCCUUCUCUAUUCCCGGCUCGGGGACCAGCCAGUGUUCCUGCCCACCCAGAUGCUGGUGAAGUUCAUGGCAGAUAUUGCCAGUGGCAUGGAGUAUCUGAGUACCAAGAGAUUCAUACACCGGGACCUGGCUGCCAGGAAUUGCAUGCUGAACGAGAACAUGUCGGUGUGUGUGGCUGACUUUGGGCUCUCCAAGAAGAUCUACAACGGGGACUACUACCGUCAGGGACGCAUCGCCAAGAUGCCGGUCAAGUGGAUUGCCAUCGAGAGCCUGGCGGACCGCGUCUAUACCAGCAAGAGCGAUGUGUGGUCCUUUGGGGUGACGAUGUGGGAGAUUGCCACUCGAGGCCAAACCCCAUAUCCGGGAGUGGAGAACAGCGAGAUUUAUGACUACCUGCGCCAGGGAAACCGCCUGAAGCAGCCCGUGGACUGUCUGGACGGACUGUAUGCCCUGAUGUCCCGGUGCUGGGAGCUAAAUCCCCGGGACCGGCCAAGUUUUGCAGAGCUGCGGGAAGACCUGGAGAAUACGCUGAAGGCCCUGCCCCCUGCCCAGGAGCCGGACGAAAUCCUCUACGUCAACAUGGAUGAGGGUGGGGGUCAUUCUGAACCACUUGGAGCUGCUGGAGGAGUGGACCCCCCAACUCAGUCUGACCCCAAGGAUUCCUGCAGCUGCCUCACCGCCGCCGAAGUCCAUCCUGCCGGCCGCUAUGUCCUCUGCCCUUCUACAGCCCCCGGCCCCACCUUGCCUGCUGAAAGGAGCUCCCCAGCACCCCCGGGGCAAGAGGAUGGCGCCUGA